CCUUAAGCGGAUGAAAAAGUAAAUUGAAUGACAAACGUUUAUUUGCGUAUGGUAAGAACAAUAAAUAGUGGUACAUACAUAAUCGAAAGAUUUAGUUAAUGUAUUAUUCAAACAGAAUAUUAUUAUAAAGUAAAUUAAUUUUUUGUGUUUAAAACAUUUCUUUUUUUUUUCUUCUUUUUCUCUUCUCUUCUCCUUGUUUUUUUUGUAGUACUUGAACAUGUUGAUAGAAUAUGGGUAUAGUAUAUAAAGUUUUCUUUAUGUCGUGUGCUCGACAAUGGAGAAUAGAGAGAAACGACAAAUUGCACAAAAAUGCAACAUGGUUUCUCUGGCGUUUUUUUUCUUCUUCUUCUUUUUCUUCUAUUCUUCCAGUUGAUGCAUUCUGCCACGAUUUUUUUCCCUUAUAUAUUUGUCUCUCUAUGUUUGUCAGUAAAACUUAGUGAUUCCACUGAGUUUAGUUAGUCAAGUGAGUUUCUUAGGUGUGAAUAGAAGGAGAAAAUCGAAUGAACUAUCUGAUUACCUUUCUCCUAUAUAGAAAUAGUAGACUGUAGAAUAGUCCCUCAACAAUUUUUCGAUUCUAUUUAUUGAUAGCGAGCGGUGAGAAAACGUAUGAAGUAUUGACUUAAAUAUUUUAUAUUUUUCCAACAUAGAUACUCGUUUAUUCUUUGUUCUUUAGAAUUUUCCGAUUAAAAAUCUUCACUAAAGUAGAUAUAUAAGGAGUUAUUUUAUUCUUCAUUAUUACCUCUUUUGUCAUAAGAAUAGAAAUGCAAGUUUAAAGAGGAAACAACGCAUACACGCACGUCAUUUUUCUUUAUGAGUAUUUUUUUAUUAGUUAGUAAGGUCAUUUGCUUCCGUCUAUGUAUAAUCUUUUCCAUUCACACCAUAAAAAAUGUCAUUCGUUGUCUUCUUUUUCUAUGGUUGUUUUGUUUUAUUAAAGGAUCAAUUCACAUUGUUAUUAGAUUUAUUGGGAAGACUAAUUUUUUUUUCUUUUGGAUAACGGAUAUUAUUUUUCUUCUUACAAUAGAUUUAUUUUUCAGACAAAUUUUUAAUGUAUCAAUUGUCUUCGAUCAUAUAAAAUCACAUUUAUCUCGACCUGUCAUCUAAGAUAAAUAAACAUUUCAAAAUCAACAUAUGGCAUGAAUUAACUUCAUUUGUUUUAUAUAAUCAUAUAACAAAAGUCAAAAAAAAAGAAGAAAUCAAUUGAAAAGUGAAAGAAAAAGCUUUCUUUCUAUCAAACAAGUAACAUUAAUAAUCAUCACUACAUGCUGAUCUCUUACUAAACAUGUAGUGCAUAUUAAUUUAUCCCUGUCAAAAUAGUAUAUUAUGUAGUGACAUGUGAAAGGAAAUCGUAUUCUUUAUUUUUUUGAUUAAGUAAGUAAACACAAUCUGAUUCUUCCUCCUAUCCAAACGAGUGUAUAUAUAAGUCUUCGAAUUUUAAUAAUUCUUUUCUUAACAUGAUGGUAUAAUAUAUCACUAUUGUUAAUUAUAUUCUUUUCUUUUAGAUGAUUACAAAACAUUAGUUAUGUCUAAUGCUAAUACUUCUCACAAUGAGAUUACUACAGAGAUUAAUAGUAAUAAUACAAACGCUGGUAUGGGACGAUCAGUUAGUAGUGCACGUUUUCAAGUAGCGAAGGUGUCUAGUAAUGAUUCGAAUACAGAUACAUCAUUGGGGAAAGCAAUUAGUAUUCCAAAUAGUUUACCAUCAAUCGUUCAACCAUCGCCAGCUCCAACUGAUAAAAAAAUUAAAAUAUUAAUUGGUGAUGAUGAUAGUGAACAUAGUAGUACAGCAUCUGGUUUAGUACUACCAAUAAAUAUUCAUAAUAACCGUAUGCAAAUGGAAGAUAAAGAUAGAGAAAUAAAUCCUUAUGAUACAAUUGAUGCUUUACCACAUGUUGAUCAUUAUAGAAAUUUAUUUUCAGUAACAUCGCCUGGACCAAAAAGUCGACCAACACUUGAAGCAUUACAUGAAACAUCACAUUUUUCAUCAAAACUUCGAUUAGGAUCAACAAUUGAUUUAAAUAGUGAAAUGAUAAGUGUAGUAGAACCACGAAUGGAUCAACCAUCACAAUUAGAUAUAAAACCAAGAAUUGAAGUUGUCAAAUUUGGAUGGAUUGUUGGUGUUCUUAUUCGAUGUGUAUUAAAUAUAUUUGGUGUUAUGCUUUUUCUUCGUUUAUCAUGGGUUACGGGACAAGCUGGUAUGGGUUUAGCAUGUCUUAUCGUUAUAAUUUCAACAGCAGUAACCGUUAUUACAGCUGUAUCAAUGAGUGCUAUUUGUACAAAUGGAGAAGUUAAAGGUGGUGGAACAUAUUAUUUAAUAUCUCGUAGUCUUGGUCCUGAAUUUGGUGGUGCUAUUGGUUUAAUUUUUUCUUUUGCUAAUGCAGUUGCAGCUGCCAUGUAUGCAGUUGGUUUUGCUGAAACAGUUCGUGAUCUUCUUAAAGAACAUGGUGUAAAAAUAUUUGGUACUGUUGUUGAUGGAAAUUCUGUUAAUGUUGUUCGAGUAAUCGGUGUUAUUACAAUGACAUUUAUAUUAGGUAUUGCUUUGAUUGGUAUGCGUGGUGAAACUGUUGUACAAAUAACAUUACUUAUUACAUUAUCAGCAUCUUUAUUAAAUUUUUUUAUCGGUUCUUUUUUACCUCCUACACCAUAUAAACGACGACAUGGUUUUGAAGGAUAUUCAUGGAAAAUUAUCAAAGAAAAUUUUGGACCUAGAUUUCAAGAUGUCACUGGAAUUCUUGCUGGUGCGAAUAUUUCAGGCAAUUUAAAAAAUCCAUCGCAUUCCAUUCCACUUGGUACAAAUGUUGCAAUAGCUCUCACUUCAUUUGUUUAUCUUACUUUCUGUAUUGUAGCAGGUUGUACAACACGUCGAGAUGUAAAUUUGGAUUUUUAUGAACGAAAAAAUGGAAGUAUAAUACAAAUAGUUAAUUGUUCAUCAGUUAUUAAUGAUACAGAAUGUAAAUCUGGUUUGAUUUAUAAUUAUCAAACAAUGAGAAUGAUAUCAGCAUUUGGUCCUAUUAUAAUUGCUGGAAUAUUUGCUGCAACACUAUCAAGUGCUCUAGCAAGUCUUGUUGGCGCACCAAAAGUAUUUCAAGCAGUUUGUCGUGAUAUGAUAUUUCCGUGUUUAAAAUUUUUUUCUGUUGGAAAUGGAAAAUCUGAUGAGCCACAUCGAGCAUAUUUUCUAACGUAUUUUAUUUCAAUUUUAUUCGCUGCAAUUGGUGAAUUAAAUGUUAUUGCACCAAUUAUUUCCAAUUUCUUUCUUAUGACUUACGCUUUAGUUAAUUAUUCAUGCUUUGAUGCUUCUCUAGCUAAAGCUAGUGGAUGGCGACCAGCUUUUCGAUAUUAUAAUAAAUGGUUAGCACUCGUUGGCGCAUUAUUAUGUGUUGUAGUAAUGUUUGUUAUUAAUUGGUGGGCAGCUUUAAUAACAUUAGUUGCUAGUAGUGGAAUUUUUCUCUAUGUUCGAACAACAAAACCAGAAAUUAAUUGGGGUUCAUCUGUACAAGCUCAUACAUAUCGAAGAGCACUUGAUGCAACAUUGAAAUUAGGAACUGUACAAGAACAUGUUAAAAAUUUUCGACCACAGAUGUUAGUUUUAACAGGAAAUCCUAUCUGUCGUCCAGCAUUAGUUGAUCUUGGAUCAUUAGUUACUCAUGGUAAUAGUUUAAUGAUUUGUGGUAAUGUAGUAUUGGAUGAUCCAUCGAUAAAUAUUAGAUUGAAUGAUCAAAAAGAACAUGGUGAAGCAUGGUUAAAAAAGCGCAAUUCAAAAGCUUUCUAUCAAUCUAUUGUUGCACCGACUGUACGACAAGGUACAAUGGCAUUAUUACAAUGUGUAGGUGUUGGCAAAAUGCGUCCAAAUGUUGUUUUUCUUGGUUUUAAAAAUGAUUGGUUAAUAAAAGCCGAAGCAACUAAUGAUUAUUUUAAUAUAAUUCAUGAUGCACUUGAUCUUAAAUAUGGUGUUGGACUUUUACGUCUUCAAAGUGGACUUGAUUUUAGUGAUUUUUUUGGACCUGAUAUACCGGAAGAUCAAUAUGAUGAUGAAGAAGAUAGUGAAGAUGAAGAAAAAAAUGAAGAAUUUAUUUCAUCAAGUCCAUUACGUAGUGGUGCAAGAUCAACAACACCACGUCAACAAGAUGUUUUAAUGUUAAAAAAUACGAUAAUAAAUAAAGGUGCCUUAUUAACAAUGAAUGUAUUUCAUCCAAAACAUUCUGCAUCGACUAUAAUUGAUGUUUGGUGGUUAUUUGAUGAUGGUGGUUUAACAUUAUUAUUACCUUAUUUAUUACGACGACGAAAACGUUGGCGUAAUUGUCAAUUUCGUAUAUUUUCAUGUGUAUCAGGUGACAAGGAUGAUGCAGAACGACAACAUAUAUCAAUGGCAUCAUUAUUAGCAAAAUUUCGAAUCAACUAUGCUGAUUUACAUGUACUUCAUGGCCUUAAUAAACCACCAAAUGACAAGGAAACAGAAAAAUUUCAACAAAUUUUACAAACAUGGAAUCAAAAUAAUGAAGCAUUUCCUAUAAGUGAUCAUGAAUAUGAAGCAAAUAAAGAUAAAAUUAAACGUGGUUUAAAAUUACAUGAAUACCUAUUAGAAUAUAGUUCCAAAUCAACAUUAGUUGUCGUUACAUUACCAAUUCCACGUAAACAAUCAAUAUCAGCUGCUCUUUAUCUUGCUUAUUUAGAUGCAAUUAGUUAUAACUUACCGCCGAUCUUAUUUUUACGUGGUAAUCAAAAAAAUGUUCUUACUUAUUAUUCAUAG